GGCGCCAAGAGUAGGUAGCGGGGUUGCCUAACAACUAACAAGAGAUUCGUGUGUGCUCAUUGAACACAACGCAACGGUCGAGAAUGGCGAAGAACGGCACCAUAACCAGCUUUUUCAAGUCGGUCGUCGUAGAUCAGAAAGUUGAGCCAGAAAAUUCAAGACCACCGGCCUCGCCAACCCCGCCGCGAUCACCCUCGCCGCUCCCGCAACUAUUCUCGUCAUCUCCACCAGUCCCUGUACCGGCGGUGCGAGACCGCGGCACGGUAAUCAAAGGCUCUGACGAUGAGGACGACGAUUUCGACUCUGAUGAUGAUGAGUUCCCCGAUUUGUUUACAAAGCCUUCAGUCAGUAUUCUACCGAGUCUACCCUCCAGGAAAGACGGUGCCGGCCUUUAUGCCACGCCCAAGGCGAAGCGGAGGGCGCUGGCGUUUCAUUCGUCACCUUUAACCAUAAACACCAAACACAAAUUCGAUAUCAAGGCUCUCCUGAAACAUGCAGAAGUAGACUCGGCUAUUGAAGAAAACGAGCAGCGCACGGCUGCCCUCUUGGAUCCCGCAUCGCCUACAGCACAUCGCGAUGCAGCGUCAACCGCGGAGCCUACAAGUCUACACGACGCCAUGCUGGAUGUCCUCUCUGAUCUUGAGGAUAUCCAAAACGAGGGCAACCGCGGAAGACUCCUCCAGGCCGUAAAGCGGACCGAGGCAACGGCCCGGCGGAAGGAGUGGUACUUUUUUGACCCCCAAGGCCAGGUUAACAGCUCGGCCAUCGAGGUCCGCCAAGGCUUUCCAAAAGCCGCCGCUACGGGAGCCUGGGCCUUUCUUGGUCCGGAGAAGUCCAGGGCUGAGUUCUUCGAAGACGGGCUAGCGUACCACGUCCAGUGCAAGACAUACGACCUGCCUGACGAGAUCUUUCUAUGGGUGUUGAAUGAGACACCCCAUGCGAAACCCCGAAAACUGCAAGACGAGUACUUGAGGCUCCUCGGUGUCUGCCCGGACCAGGCAGGCCGGCUCAUGGAUGAGGGGGUCAUCGUACAGCUGUUCCGAGAUCUCGGCGCCUCGGAGCGUGCCCUCGCCGCGAGGUCCCAACCUAGCGGAAGUUCAGGACAGGGUGCCCCUUACCCGGAACACGAAUGGAUUCGUCUACAGGCCGUUCUGCGUAUCUUAACGGAGACCGCGCAUGGUCUAAAGGUCCAGCCACUCACACGAGCCAUGGCCAUACUGCUUCGCCUCGGUAUGGACAACAUUGUGCGCGGAAACCAGAGUAUUGCAACCACCUAUCAAGAUGCCCUGUGUCAGAUUGCGUUAGCCGUCCCCUGGAAAGCAUGGAACAGCUUUUGUGGCGAUGUAACCGAUUCUCUUUACUCCCACACCCCAGAAGCUUCCCUCCGUUGGAACGCAGUCUCCUCCAUCCCUCUGUUACAUCCGCAGUUGGUGGAGCUGCGACGGCGGUUAGCGCUGGUAUUUGUCUUUGACGACCCCCAGCGCGCCUACUCCCGGCCAGAGGACACCUUCAGCUUGCGGUCCGUCAUCAACCGCCUUGACCAGGCCCAUGAAUUCGUCCCUGACCGCAACAAUACUGACUACUUCGAGCUACUGGCGCUCUCCGAGAUGCUGAGCGUGGCCAUUGGUGACGGCGCGCAGCCCGACAGCAGCGCCAGCCCGGACGUCGUUAAACAGUACAACGCUGACGUGGACGAGGUGGCGCAUAGGAUCAAGCUCAUAUGGUCCAACAUCCAUGAGCAAGGGGCCGCCUACAUGUCGAGGCUGGAAGCUCGUGUGCAGCUGAGGGAUUUCGAACGCAAGCUCCUGCACGUGGUCCGGACCCGGCCGCCUCCCAAAGAGGAUAUUUUUGGCCUUGAGCCCACCGAAGAUGAUAUUGAGCGGCCUAGACAGCAGCAGUUUAUGACGAAAUUCCUGGCUAAGAAUCAGCCCGCGCCGAAAACGCCUGAAAGGGGACGGGAGGGCUAGUUGGAGCCUUCUCGACAUUCAAAACAACAUGCAGCGGUUAGGAAGGGGACUCAAGCCAAGAAGUGAUUCAAGCCGCUAUCAGUGGCAAAAGCUUAUAAUUCAUGAUACCAGUCAUCCCUUGGCUCUUUGCAUGAUGGACUCUCCAUCCGUCUUCUAUGUACAUGCAAACCUCCAGAGAUACCCUCCCGUUUCCCAUAUCGGCUUGGCUUGGCUCGGCAUUGCGUUAUAUAUGUACAUUAAAUGAGGCUUGUUGUUGGAGAUGCCGGGCCCGCAAUCUGGUGAA